GUCUCAGCAGCAUGGAUCAACGUGCCAUCAUUACUUUCUGCCUUCUCUUUCUGACUCUGAGUGGCAUUCAAGGAAUACCUCACUCUAGAACUACACGCUGCUCCUGCAUACAAAUUUAUGAUCGACCUGUUAAUCCGAAGUCCUUGAAAAAACUUGAAAUGAUUCCAGCAAGUGUAUUUUGCCCACAGGUUGAGAUCAUUGCUACAAUGAAAAUAAAUGGGGAGAGGAGAUGUCUCAACCCAGAAUCUAAGAAUGUCAAGAAUAUAUUGAAAGCCAUCAGCAAGGAAAGGUCUAAAAGGUCUCAACGGAACCAGCGAAAAGCAUAAUCACUUCCCUGCUGACAAGCAUGGACCAGAGAUGCUACCUCUGCCAUCCCUUCCCUAGGAGGGUUUGUGUCAAGACCCAACUGUCUCUGGUUUACAGUUCUCUGAAAAGUUGACCAACCAAAAUCACCAAGCUGGCUGCUACUACUGCUUUGACAGGCUGACUGUAAAAAUUUACAAGGCUCUGGACAACCCUAUAUUGGGUCACUAUGAGUUGGAAUCAGUGAGUGUG